UACGUUUUUCUUAAAAGUAGAUUUGUUGUUAAAUAUUUUUUUAAUUUUGUAAAUUAUAUACAUUGUUAUUUAUUGCAACAUCCAAAAUUUAAGUUUGAUUCUGCUAACAAGUCAUGAUCUUUACAAAAUGCCUUUGAUAAUAAAUGGCAUCAUCUUGGAAGAGCUUCCUCCUGACACACGAACAUUAUUUGAAACAUACCCACAUCUGAAGGAUGUUGCUGCUGCUCUAAUAGCUCAAGUUCCUAAAGUCAUCGGGCCAGUUGGUCUCCUGUAUCUACAUCAGAGAGAAUAUGCCAUUACUUCUCAUCUUGAUAAGCACAUUAGUGUCAUGGGCACAGAUGAGGCAACAACAUGCAGCAUGGCUGUACUGCGUCAUUCCGGCUCUGGUGUAACAAGUUUGGGUCACUUUGAUGGCUCUGGGCUUGAACAAGGGGUUAUGAAUAUUGUUAGACAGGUUCAAGAGUUGUCAGUAAAUAUGCCAGGACAAAUCUUGGAUGGAAGGUUAGAACUUCACUUGGUGGGAGGAUUUUUGGAUCCAAGGCACUAUUCUGAAGAACUAGCCAUACAGUUACUCUAUGCAUUUCAUAAGCAGCCAUUAAGUAUCCAUUUGAUAACUGCUUGCAUUUGUGAGUUAAAUAACUCUCUUCGGGGGAAUAUUAAUUGGCCAGUAAUUUAUGGAAUAGGUGUAAACACAAAAAGUGGUGAAAUUUUUCCUGCUACAUUCCCUGACAAAGGUCCAGAUUUUCCACUCCGCUCAGCUCGAUACUUUACAGGAUGCUAUGAGAUGCUUGAUGUGUAUGAUUGCCAUCUCAGUAUGCUGAGAAUUGGACCUUAUAACUAUGAGCCUCUUAGAGGAGUGGAUUUAUGGCUGUCUCAGAGUGAUGAUUUUAUUUUGAGACAUCUCUCGACAUCACCAGAAGUUGAACCACCUAGUUUUGUGCUUCAGGUUCGUGCAGCUCUGAAAUACAUACAACAAAAUCCUUUUCCGGGCAUCACUGUGUUUCCAGACAAUCGACCUCAUUAUUACCAAAAAGAUGAGUCUGGAAAUUGGGUCAGGGUUUGUUACUGAUCAAAUCGUUUCUUCCGGCCAUAUAUAUUUGAUUCGGAGAUGUGUAUUUUAUCGAUCGCUUCUUAAAAGUAUAUUUAAAAGAAUGUUGCCAGUUUUAGAUAUUGGUUGAAAUAUAUUUUCAUAUGCUGUGCAGUUUUGACGCAGGACAAUUUAUUUUAUAGAAUUGUUUAACAUGUUGGUCCCAUAUUGUUUGUUUAACAUGUUGGUCCUAUAUUGUUUGAUGUCAUAUUUUAUUUUGCUUGGGAGAUAUUCUAUUUGCAGCCAUAUGUGUAUCAUUUUGUGGAAUUGUUUAGAGAUAUUUUUCUUUCUAUUAUUUGCCUUAUAAGGAUUGACAGAGCAAUGAGAUAUUUGAUGUUCUCUGAACUUUUUACCAUUUUUUAGUUCAUACUUAGUGAGAUACAAUUUUAAUGUUUUAAAAAGGCAGCCAAGUUUUAUUGGCAGCUGGUUGUGGAUUUUUAUAUUUGCAUUUUGACCUUGCAAAGCAAAUGAAGAGCAAGACACAAGUUCUUGUUCUUUGAGUGAACUAUUCCAGAAAAAAAAUGAAUAAUAUGUGUUCAUUCUACUGUAAUGUAUUAAGUUUCAUCCCUUUCAUCAAAAUCCUUUUAGAAAAUUAUUAUUAUUCUAAGAACUUCAAAAUUACUAACGUAUCAUAUCAAGUAACAUAUUUUCUUUGGUGCUGCGAACAAAAUUUUGCAUUAACAGAGAAUUGAAAAAAAAAAAGAAACCUGUAAAGCCUUGUAUAUAUGAAGAUAUUAUAUGAAUUCAUAAAUUUUCCAGUUAAAAAUGUCAAUUGAAUACUCAGUAAAGCUCAAUUUAAUGUGAAAGGGAAUUUAAUUUUUUCAGAAAAGUAGUACUGGAAUGGAGUUUUGAAAUCACCAUAAGUCAUUAUAGAGUGAGAUUGUAUUACAACAAACUUCAAGAGACUGCGAUUUUUUUUUCAUUGUAAUGCAAUUCACGCAAUGUAUUGGAAAUUAAAUGGGGACUGAAAAUUUAUUUUGUUGAAAUGGUGAUUUCUUUGUAUUGGUUUUGGAAUUGGUUGUAACAUAAUUUCACUGUGUAUUCAAUGAAAUCGUUUCACAAUUUCGCCAAACGUUGUUCACUGUACAAAAUAUGAUCUGAAUUUUAGACAUUUUGAUGAAGUAUCACAUUUUUUUUAAAUGCCAUUAUCAAUUGAAUUUUGAUCUCUAACUGGGCCAAAUUAUAUCAGAUAAAACUCUGUUGUAUUUUUUUUAUUUUAAUGUCUAAAGAAUUUAUUUUGUAAUUAUUUGAAUAGAAUUCAGAUAGAACUAAAGAUUUAGCUAAAAAAUAAUCUUUCAUCACAAUAAAGUAAUUGUUAUUAUUCCCCAAUCAAAAUUUGAUUUUUAGUUAGUUUCUGUAUGUUCUUGAGGAGUUCUUGUGCACAUUUUAAAGAUAUAUUUUUGUAUGCAAAAAUAUACAAAUAGUUUUCUUCAUAAAUCUAACUAAAAAAAAGAAAAUUUCUAAAGUCUCCAAAUCAUCCUAGUUCGAUAGGUUUUCUUACAAGAGUGCAGUCAUGAAUUUUUCAGCGCCAUUAUGUUUGAUGUUGUAUUGAACAAAACAAGAAUGGAUUACCUUUUUACAAGCAGGCAGCUACAUCUCAAUAUUAUGAAAAAUGUUUGGUUAUUUUGUUGAGUAAACGAACUUGUUACUUUUGUGUACUGUUUGCUUACUAUAUCCAGACAAGUUACAGAUAAAAGAAAAAAGAAAAAAAAUGAAAGCUCAGUGUUAAAAAGAAAAUUGGGGCAAAAAUUAAAACAAUUUUAGAUUCGAAUCUGAAUAGGUUUCUGGUGGUGUUCCAGCACCUUUGCAUCCCUUGUUUCUUGGUGGUGGUGAUGAAGAAUGUCUUGUAAUUUUAAAAUCCAAUAGCUGAUAUCCUCUCAUUAGUAUUGCAGACACAUGUAAACCUGUUCUUUUUAAAUAAACUUAAAUCUCUAUAGUAGUAAAUAAAUAUAUUUUAUUUAAACUAAUUACAGUAUAACUUUGAUUUAAUGAAACCCUAUUUAAUAAUUUCCUAUAAUUAAUGACUGAUAAACUGCAUUUAAUGUCUAUGUUCCUCGAUUAAAGGAUAUCUUUGAUUAAACAGGAACUUUUUCCACUCCCUUGACAAUCGUUAAAUCAUGGUUAUACUGUAUAUCAGGGGUCUCCAAACUACGGCUCGCAAGCAGAUUUUGUCCAGCCUGCGGGGAGCUUACAAACUGGGGGGGGGGGGGGGGGAAUCAAAUUUUAUAUUAAUUUCCUUUCAGAUGUUAUUAAAGAGAAUUGUGUCAAAAACCCCACCACUGAGUAUUUAAUAUUAAAAAAAAAAAAAAAAACUGGAAGGAAGUGCUAAUUUAGACUAUCUGAACUGAAUGUUGUUGAAUUGAUGACCCCGCUGACGCAACCAGAGGGCGGGGGUCCACAGGGCCUGGUCCCCCUUCUCAGAAUGCUGAGUUGAAUAUUUUUCAAAAAUAUACUUCAGUAUUAAAUGUAAAAAAAGAAUGCAUCUUGAGAGAACAAAGAAAUUUAAAAAGAAAAAAAAUGUGGGAAAAUCUUAAUUUAUUUUGAAAAGAAAUCUUUAAACUGAAAAUUUUCAAUUGUUACAGCCUAAAAUUUCUGCUGAGUCCUUGUAUCUUUUGUCCCCCUAAAAUCACAAAAGACCAUCUAAAACUGUUUUUAAAGCAAAAGUUUAAAAAAAAAUUUCAGGGGAGAUCCCCUGGACCCCCCUCCCUUAACUAAAACUGUUCUCUAGUUCUUUCUGCCAAAGGUUGUCCUGUCUCGACGUCAAAAAUGUACAAUAUGUUCCUUGAGUAAAAAAGGCUGGAGACCCCUGCUGUAUAUUGUUUUAAUACCUCAAAGAGUUGGAAAAUCUAUUUCAUUGUGUGGUAGUAUCUUUCACCCAUUCCUGAGCUUUAUUGAUUCUUCUCUGAAAUAAUACAUCCUCAUUACGCAAUUAUAACUUGGAAAUUUUUUUUAAAAUAUUCAUUGAAUAUUUUAAUAAAAUCAAAGAAUUUUUGUGAAUUAUUAAAAAGUAACACACUCUUAAGAUACUAGAUCUAAGAUACUAUUUUCUUGCUUACAAGCUUGAAAAUAUUUUUAGAUACACUUAACACACAUUGAAUCUAAAAACUUGGUACAUAACUGCAGUCUGUAAAUAGGCCAUUGCUUGUGUCUGUCUUGGUAAUUGCUUAUGAAAUAUUACUAAGAUUACUUUAUUAUUUGAUUGAUUAAGCAAGUAUAAUAUAGAAAUUUUUUUCUUAAAUGAGCCUUUUAAGGCUGGGGGAAAGAAGUGGUUACCUGCAUUACCUGAAGUAUUGCAUGUGAAACUAAAUUGACUAAUUUCAUUCACAUCUCCUACCCCCCUUUUUACUUACCAAGUCGCAAUUUUAAAGUAAUCAAGUAAUAAUAUAUCUGUGCGACAAAGCUUUUUGAUUGCAUCCAAAUUCUUAGGAACUGUCUUGUAUACCUUAUAUUAAAAUUAUAAUAGCAUAUGCACAAAAAAAAAUCUACAUUAUUUAAUACCAAUUUUCAACGAACGAUACAUGCUGUUUAAAUUUUGUGAAGAAAAUGCUAGGAAAUGGAAAAAUGCAAGAACAUUUAUUUUUUUUAUUUAUUUUAUUUUUAUUUUAUUAUUAUUAUUAUUAUUAUUAUUUAGGAAUAACAGAAUGAGUAAUGCAUUUGAAUUUCGAAACACAUACAUGAAUACUUUGUGUAAUAUUGUUUAUUGAGUGCUCCGAGGUAGCCCAUUGUGUGAGUUCACACAUUGCACCCAUUGUGUGGUCUGAGUAUGGGUGUUGUUUAUAGCUUUGUUCUGCUGGGCCUGCACAAGUAAACCAUCUUCAUGUGAUGAAAAAUCCAUCAUCAAGAGGCUGAGGUUCUGUUUAAAUGGUGUGUGACACCAGGAGCAACCAAAAGUCUGGCUAAAUCAUGCCUAACUUUCACAACCUCUGCUGAAAUUGUACUCGUUUGUGAAUCAAAAUCAAGAAAUUCAUUUAAGCAACAAAGCAAAGCUUAAUAACGAAUAAAUACCUGUGCUGAAAAUUAAAAUAAUCAAUUAUCCAGCG